AUGGGAUCUCCAACAAAAGAUGCAGCGGCACACAGAGCCAACAGUCGUACUCCUGGUCAGGACCCUGACCCCCCACUUCCCCCCAUCCACGAGCGUCUGGCGUAUCUGCGCCCAUCCAGGGAACUUCUGGAGUUCUACAGACAGAAAAUCGCCCAGUUUGACGGAGAACACAAUGAGCUGCUGCAGAUGUUGGACAAAUACAAAGGCAUCACAGAAGACCAGCAUAAACUACAGUGGGACAUACGACAGCGUGAAGGAGAGAUCACAGAGCUGCAAAACGCACUGAGCGACAUGCAGGUUUAUCUUUUCCAAGAGCGAGAACAGUCUCUGCGGCUUUAUGCAGAGAAUGACCGACUAAAGAUCAGAGAGCUGGAGGACAGGAAGAAAAUCCAGCACCUUCUUGCCCUGGUGGGUCCUGAUGCUGGAGAGAUCACAUAUUUCCACCGGGAACCCCCUCACAAGGUCUCUGUCACACAGCAGAACCUUGAGUCCAGAUCUGAGGAACAUCUCAAUCUCAGGCCAGCAAAGUUGAGACCUGCUGCAACCAGGAAAGAGAACAGUAGGCGAGCAAAAUUAGCAGAUGGUGUAAAUGGAGAGAGUUUGGAACAAUACAAGAACGACAACCAGACUCUGUUACUACAGGUGGAGGCGCUGCAGGCUCAGAUGGAGGAACAAACCCGUCUGGCCAAAGAGCAGGUUGAGUCUCUGCUGGAAGAUCGACGGAUUAAAACAGAGGAGGCACAAGCACAACAGCAGAGAGACCAGCAGCGCAUCACAGCUUUGACAGACAAGCUCCAGCACACCCAGAACCUGUUGUAUGAAAGCACCAGAGAUUUCUUACAACUAAAGUUUGACUCACGGGCUCAUGAGAAGAGCUGGAUGGUGGAGAAGGACCGGUUGCUAAGGGAGCUGGACUCAUGCCACAACCGUCUGAGGAAGUCCGUGUCUGCUGCUCCUGAGCUGGGGCGAACGUGGCAGCCCAGCAGCAGCACGGCUCUGCUGAUCCCUCGACCCCCGCCAGAGUCACAUCACACACACAAGGAAGAGCUGAAGGUAAUGCAGGAGGAUCUGAAGCAAGCCCACCGCCUGGCUGAGAUGUACAGGGAACAGUGUAUUACUCUGGAGACAGAACUGUCCCAAAUCAGAGAGGAGGGCGACGUGGGCAGGGAAAUAUUCAAGGAGCGUUCAGACAAAAUGGCCAAACGUCUUCAGUUAAUGACUCAGCGAUAUGAGGCAUUGGAGAAGAGGAGGGUCAUGGAGGUGGAGGGCUUUAAGACUGACCUGAAGCACCUCAGACAGAAACUUAAAGAUGUAGAAAAACAGCUCAUCAAGGUAACCCUGAAUGUUGGGCCCAACCAGGACCUGGCUAUUCUCCAUGAAGUACGUCAGACCAAUACUAGAACAAAGAAGGUUCAGGGUGAGCUAAUGGCACUGAAGGCUAAAAUAUAUGGACUGGAAAACGAGCUGCGAUUUAGCUGAGGAUUGCAUUGUGAUCAUUUUUGUGUAAUUUGUAAGCUUCAUUCCAGUCGUGUGUGUUUGUGCUUCUGUGUUUAAUGAUGAAACUUGGACUGAAUGUUAUUUGUAUUUUGUUCAGCUUUUUAAAAAUGUUGUACCAAUAAAGAUUUGUCUUUUGUUU